CAAGUGAUAAUAAUAGCAGUAAUAGUAAGAAACGGAUUGUCAUUAUAAUAACGGCGACCGUCGUUCCCAUUAUUUCUUGUGUGGCUAUUGUCUCAGCGUUUUUCUACUUUAAAAACAGGAAUAAUAGGAAAAAUAACAAUAAUAACAAUAAUCACACACUGAAUAUGAAGAGGUUUGACUGUAUUAGUUUUGGUGUGAAAAUACUGAAACAAAUGCCGUAUAAAAGUAAGUCAAGGAAGCGAAGGGUUGAUAAGAUGCCCACCGAUGCCAACAGCGCCGUCAUAGCCAUGGAGGACGUCGUCGUACGCAACGCUAACAGCAAAGUCACGGCAAACCAGACCUCAUCCGACACCACGAACACCACAUCCCAUCCCAGCGCGCAAACCCAGGCGCUUAUGGACGCCAAACCCAUACCGUUGCGCGACUUUCAUCACUACUACCGCCUGCGACGGGCCGACUCGGGCCUCAAACUGGCCGAGGAGUACGAGGAGCUGAAGGACUGGCUGACCGCCAGGAAUCGGACCACUAAAAUCUCCCAGUUCACUAUUAAUAAACCCAAAAAUCGUUUCGUCAAUAUACUUCCCUUUCUCCCGUUGUGA